AUGACGAGGCUCUAUGGUGCUAUUCAACCCGCCGAUUCGGUGUCCCCCAUCACCCGCACCCACGGCGCUGUUUUCAACCUGGAGUACUCCCCUGGCGGCAUUGGAUUAAGGCCCUUAUGGUUAAAAGCAUCACUUUCAACAGGGUCCACAAAUUUACUUGGAGCCUAUGCAGCUAGUAAAGCAUUAGCAUAUGUGUUUGAAGCAAUUCCAGUUCUUAGUUUUGGAGCUUUAUCUCCUGUGCUGCAUCCUGGAUUAGUUCAGCAGGUCCAGAUGGAUUUAUUUCUCAUGAAAAUUGGCAGUCGAUUUCUUGAGCUUUUCCCUGGAAUUAGGUGGCUCAGUGUGACUGAGAUUGUGGAAGAGUUUGAGAAACUCAUGAUUCAGCAGGUUGACUUGCGCUAUGAAGCAAAAAACCUAGAACACUUCCAUCUGAAUUUCCAAGGUACAGAUUAUGUGAGGUUUCCCCUUCCUCUGCACCCAUUUGUGACAAAAAAUAUCCUGGUGGAAACUUUUGAGGAGAGCAAACCCAUAUCCCAAUAUUUGCACAUAGAUACCAAAAUGGAACUACGGCAAAAAAUAGCCAAGAUGGGAAUGGAUAUGCUUCUAAAGAUGGUGUUUGUUGAUAACUUUGUCCAUGCUGAUCUGCAUCCUGGGAAUAUCCUGGUACAGGGAGCAGAACAGUUUGGUGAUCAUCCUGAAGAUGGGGCAGUCAUAGUGGAUCUGUUGGAUACAUUAAUUGUAGAAUUACAACCCUCUUCCUCACCACUCCGUCUAGUGCUUCUGGAUGCAGGGAUUGUAGCUGAGUUGCAGAGUGGAGAUCUGGAGAACUUCCGGGCAGUGUUCACUGCUAUUGUAUUAGGGCAGGGAGAAAAAGUGGCUGAAUUGAUUCUUCAUCACUCCAGAGCUAACCAGUGCAAGGAUGUCGAGAAAUUCAAGGCUGACAUGGCAGAAUUGGUGACAAGGGCUAGAAGCAAUGCUGUUGCACUGGAGAAGUUUCAAGUUGCCAGCUUAUUAUCCAGUGUUUUCAGGUUACUUAUGAUCCAUCAGGUAAAAUUGGAAAGCAACUUUGCCUGUGUUGUUUUUGCCAUAAUGGUUUUGGAAGGUCUCGGUCGCUCCCUAGACCCUGAUCUGGAUGUUCUGAAGGCAGCUAAACCUCUUCUCAUCAAUCCACCAAAUUAGGAAGAACCCUUCCCUUAGUGAGAAGCUUGUUGUCAGAGUUUACAUUUGAAAACUGAGAACCUCUUCAGAUGCUAUGCACUUUGACCUUUGAAUUUGGAAACUAAGGUCUAAUGCUUUAAGGAGUACUCAUCUGCUUCAGUUAGAAUGAAUAGGACUAUUCUGGUAAGAAAGAACUGCAAGAGUUUGAUUCAGAAUGCUGACAUUAAAUGCAUCUCUAGAUGCAUUCUAGUCCUUCUGCCAACACAUGAUUUGUUCUGUUUCCUGGUACACAAAAAAAUUCCUUACGUUGCACCAAACCCAUUUACAGGUUCAGUACUUGUCCAACUCCCAUGUCAAGACAAUGGACAAUGGACAAUGGAAAACAAAGAUGGCAUCUCUCUCUCUCUCUCUCUCUCUCUCUCUCUCUCUCUCUCUCUCUCUCUCAGAUUUGUAUCAGCAUACAGCUGUCUUAGCUGUAGAGAGACUGCUCUGGAAAGCAUCAAGGAUUUAACAUGGUUAAAAUGAUUAUUGUAAUUUCCAGUGAAUUAAUAUGCAGUCGUUUAUGUUCCAAAAUAUUAUUAGCCACAUUUCUUUUUACUAAUAUAGAGACAUAUUUUUAGAAGAAUAUAUUUCUAACUACUGAUGUUGGGAAAGUUGGAUGAAUUAAUAAAAAGCUUUUGGCAAGAAAUGUUU